CUGGCCUUUCCCCGGAUGACUCUAGGCUGAUCGAAAUGUCGGCACAGCCAGAAUCGUCAUCUGCUGGCGCGCGAAAGGCGCUCAAUGCGCAUGCGAAUGCGUCGACCCCAGAGUACGAAUUGCCAUGGGUUGAGAAAUACAGACCUGUCUAUCUGGACGAUGUUGUUGGGAACACAGAGACUAUCGAGAGGCUCAAGAUAAUCGCAAAAGAUGGAAACAUGCCUCAUGUCAUCAUCUCGGGGAUGCCAGGUAUCGGCAAGACGACCUCAGUCCUCUGUCUCGCGCGAACCUUGCUUGGAGAUGCAUACAAGGAAGCCGUUCUCGAACUCAACGCCAGUGACGAGAGAGGCAUUGAUGUUGUCCGGAACAGGAUCAAGGGAUUUGCACAAAAGAAGGUUACACUGCCUCCAGGUCGGCAUAAGCUGGUGAUUCUAGAUGAAGCCGAUAGCAUGACAUCGGGAGCCCAGCAAGCCUUACGAAGAACCAUGGAAAUCUAUUCGAACACCACGCGAUUCGCCUUUGCCUGCAAUCAGUCGAAUAAGAUUAUCGAACCUUUACAAUCCAGAUGCGCGAUCCUUCGAUACUCGCGGCUGACCGAUGCACAAGUGGUGCAGCGCUUGACACAAAUCAUCGAAGCGGAAAAGGUCGAGUUCUCAGAAGAUGGAUUGGCAGCAUUGGUGUUCAGCGCAGAAGGCGACAUGCGGCAGGCCAUCAACAAUUUGCAGAGCACAUGGGCAGGAUUCGGAUUCGUCAGUGGCGACAACGUAUUCCGUGUCGUAGAUAGUCCUCAUCCGGUGAAGAUACAAGCAAUGAUCAAGGCCUGUUGGGACGGCAAGAUCGAUAGUGCAGUGGACACAUUGAAGGAGUUAUGGGAUCUGGGAUAUUCGUCGCACGACAUCAUCAGCACCAUGUUCCGGGUAACGAAGACGAUACCAACCCUCUCCGAACACUCCAAAUUGGAGUUCAUCAAGGAAAUUGGCUUUACACACAUGCGAAUUCUAGAAGGGGUACAGUCCUUUCUUCAAUUGAGCGGGUGUCUGGCGAAAUUGUGCAAGAUCAACAUGAAGCCUGAAAUGUUUGAGGUAUCUCGAUGAGACCGCAGCAUGAAGGCUUACGGGCUGAAAGCCUGAAACUCGGUCAAUCUGGCUGACGCAGUCAUCUGCCGACAGUUGAUGAUGCGUAGGAAGACUCUUGGCCAGAGUAUGAGUUCUCAGCCCAUGGUGAUCGGGUGCAACACCAGCCACGAAGGUGCAAACACGCCUAACCUAAACAGAGCUAGCACAAGGCCGAGGGGCCCAAAGUCGGACUGUGACGACCGAUAUGCCGACUUGAAGCACACAAGCCCCCACAGACGAUGUUCACCUCUGAGGGACGCAGAUUCUAUACCACAUCUGGCCAUGGGGCACCGGACAAUAUGCGUUAUGUCGGAAUGUCUUCGUCAUCACUUUCCAUCGACCAACGAUAGGGCCAGUGAGAGACUUGUCUGAACGCACUUUGGAGCCGUGUCUGGUGACAAUGCCUACCCAGGGCGAACCAACGAAGACACUUUGACCAACGAUGUUCUUGUAUGGUUGACCUAUAGUACUACAUUAGGCUAUGAUCAUGAGCGGUAACGAAUGUUACCUUCCCUAGAGGUGGACGAGGGGCCACGUAAGACUGGACGGCUCAAUACAGAAGAUGCAAUUGAUGGAUGCCGAGCAAACCCAUGCGGCAGCACGGAUUCAUUAGACUACGGAGUAACAGAAUG